AGUUUUUUUCGUAAUGUUUUUGAUGCGGAGGCUGGCGCUGAAUGCGGUCUGCGUUUGGAGAGCAUACGCUUCUUGUUGACUUGGAUUAGGAGGGAUUGUAAACUCUUUCAUCUCUGGGAUUGUCAGUUACUUUUUCCUUUUGCCGACUGCGGUGCAACGCACUCAGCAGAUUUUAGCGGAGAGGGGAAUGGUAGACCGCAUGAUGGCAAUGAACCAUGGUCGUUUCCCAGAUGCUGUGAACGGACAUCAGCACUCCGCGCGCAGGAUGGGAAUGGGACAGUUCUCCAACGCGCUUCCGCAGCAGCAUUAUAACGUUAUCAUGGGAGAUCACAUGCAUUACGCGGGAGGGAAUAUAAACGCAAAUAACGGGAUCCGGCAUUCCAUGGCCACUGGGAAUAAUAUAAACGGAGGAAUCCCCAAUGGAAACUUGCCUGCCCGCUUUAACUCACAGUUUGUCGGACAAGGGCAGCAGCUCGCUGCAAGCAUGCAGUUGCAGAAGCUCAACACGCCUUACUACGGUCACCACACUCAUCCUUCCCAUCAUCACCAUUACAUGCACGAACUACACCCCGCCAGUCACCAGUUAAACGGGACAGGACAGCAGUUCCGAGACAGUAUCGCUAAGCAGAACACGUCUGGGGUUCCUUUGCCUGGCCACCACAUGCCUGCAGCAAUGCUGCCCCCCAACGUUAUCGACACAGAUUUUAUUGACGAGGAGGUCUUGAUGUCACUGGUGAUAGAAAUGGGCUUGGACCGAAUAAAGGAGCUGCCAGAGCUCUGGCUUGGACAGAACGAGUUCGAUUUCAUGACGGACUUUGUUUGUAAGCAACAACCCAGCCGAGUGAGCUGUUAAUCACAACGCUUUUCCCGUUCUUUUGACUUUCGUUGUCUUUUUUUAAAGACUGAUAUUACUGGUGUGUUUUCCGAGAUCCACAAAUCACAGGGUUCCCACGGUCCUGGAAACAUCGGGGAAUUUCAAAAGUAUGAUUUCCAGACAUGAAUCAGGCAUAAUAGUGGAAAUAUUGUUUUUAUUUGCCCAAAUAUUACUAUAAAAUCAUUUAAAAAAUGACUAGUCUCUAUAAAAACUCACAAAUGACUGGAGAAGUAGUCUAAUUGUCAUACUAGGAAGUCCUACACGUGAUAUUCUGGGGAAUAAUAAUAAUAAUUUGUUUUCAUGUUGUAAAUCAUAGCAAUGACAAUUUAGUUUUAAUAAAUUGUCACAUUCUACUAAUUUGAUCCCAUAUUAUGAUGUAAUUUAAGCAGCCUACAGCAAAGCAAUUAAUGGUUACAAUGUGGCCACAUUUUGGUAAUAUUAAGGAACAAAUUGAUAUAUCAUGCACCCAAUUUACUUAAAAUGAGGUGACAUGUUAGUAAACAUGCUGCUGUCCUAGUAAGUUGAGGGAACAAAUUUGUAUUUUUAAGGUUUUCUGCCUGUCAUGUGUGACACUCCAUAAAUAACCAUGUAAAUUCAUUGGUCAGAAAGCGUGGGAACCCUGAAAUCCAAACAGCCAUGGCAGUAAAUGGUUCAAAAGUAGACUUUUAUCAGCUGAUUCACACCAUUAUGUAACAAAAUUGGAUUUGUUUUGCAUGAGGAUGGUUAAGACAUCCACGAGUCAUGCUAUGCAUUCCAUAUGCAGGGGCUGGAGAGUGAGAAAGGCAAAGAAAGUCCUCUGAAAUAUCUGUUCAGUGUUGAUGUAGCAGACAAGAAUACACCAUCAGACACUUUUAACCCAAGACCUCCAGUGAUAUCAGAUGUCAGUGAAUGCAUAUUCUAAAUAAUGUUGGUGGUUCUGUGACAUGAUUGUAGAUAAUAGUGUGUAAUUGUCUCAAUCAGCAAUGUACUAUAAACUUUAAGUGGCCAUAUUUACCAGAUUCCUGUGCUGCUCAGAGGAUCACUGAACUGUGAGCAGAUGCUUCAAGUUGUUCUUCUCUCCACCCUUUCAACAUCUUCACAGGCCCAUGUUGCCUCCAUGAUGCUUGUGUGUAUGUGUGUGUAUAUCAGAGCCCAAAUCAUCUAUAAAAGUGACAUGAAUGUGAGCGAGAGUGUGCAUUUGCUGGCUACUCUAUAUGCUUAAUUGAGUACAGUGUAUUGUUCAGAAAUCCAGGAAAAGACUGAAUGUCAUUGUCUGGAAUGUGGAAAUAUCCCAACACAGAAGAGUUUCAUCUUCAUUGGUUCUCAAUUAUAGAUAGACCACUGUGCUUAUUAUAGUAUGCGGUACAUGGCAAUACUACUGUGUUGAGGCUUUCUAGGAAAGUUUUACAGUAUUUUUGUAUAUUUUUAGAAAAAAAAAGUGUUAAUUUAUUCUAUUUUAAUUUGCAAACAUGAAUAAAACAGCAAAUGCUCA